AUGGCUGAAGAGCAAGUAAAAGCUUUAAAAGCUAAAAGAGCUAACACCAAGAGAUCUUUAACCGCAUAUGCAAAUUUUUUAAGUAGAUUUAAUUCUGAAACGGAUAUACUCAUUCUGGAAAAGAGAUAUCGCGAAAUAGAAAAGGUGCGUGAGGCUUUCGACUCAUAUCAAACUGAGCUCGAAGGCCUACUAGGGGAAUCUGAUGAGCUUUCAAAUUAUCGCACCGAGUUUGAAGAACAAUACUUCGAAACUUACGGUAUCGCUACUAGAUUUUUGUUGCGGCCUCAAAAAAAUGACACGCAAACGCCUCCUUCGUCGGUAACAUCUGCCGCGGGUGACAGCUCAGAACAACAGAACGAUUUGUCUGUUGAGAUUCUGCAAAAUGGUAGCAUCCUGAAUGCAGUCACUCCUGUAACGUCUACGGGAGCUCCUACGGUGGUUCAGGAUCGGCUCAUAAAUAAUCAAUCAAAUCAACGCGCUGAUCAUAUUACUAUCCAGGAUAACCCAGUCACGGUUUCUCCGGUCGCGUCUCAUAAUUGUUGCUCUAAUAAUACCACAGCGUUGCCUAUUCUCUCUCUGCCAAUUUUUGAUGGUGCCUAUGAUGAGUGGCUAGGAUUUUAUGAUUUGUUUCAAUCCCUUGUGCAUGAAGACCCGAGUAUAUCGCCCAUUCGUAAGCUUUAUUACCUAAAGGGUUGUCUGAAAGGUGAAGCGGCAAAAAUUAUCGCGUCCAUUGCAUCUUCCUCGCAUAAUUAUGAAGUAGCUUGGGAUUUAUUAAGGGAAAGAUACGAUAAUCAAAAAUUUAUCCGCGAAUGCCACGCUAAAGCAUUGAUAGAACCACCUUGCAUAUCUAGAGAAUUUUCGUCUCAAGACUUUUUGGACCACUUGCAAAAACAUUUGCGUGCUCUUCAAGCAUUAGAAGAACCCACUUCAUCUUGGGGUUUAAUAUUAAUUACUACGCUUCGUGAAAAGCUUAAUUCCUAUCGCGUGAAAGAUGGGAAGAAUUCAGUAGCAAAAAGAGCUCAACUUGAGAGCUUCAAGUCGCAGGGAUUUUCUUCAAAACCUGUUAGUGAAAAAGCUAAUAACCACAAAUUUAAAUCGCAGCAAUCGUUUAUAACUACGACUGCUCAAGGCCGUUGUAUUCAUUGUAACGGUGCUGAUCAUCACGUUUAUUCAUGCAGCAAAUUUGCUGCCUUGUCACCUCCUUCUCGGCUCGAAACCGCUAGAAAAGGCGGAUGGUGUACAAAUUGCUUAAGAAAAGGUCACAGAUCUUUCAAAUGCACUUCGCGACCUUGUCGCACAUGUAAUAAAAAGCAUAACACUCUUCUGCAUCUAGAUAUUUCAAAUGAUGCCAAUAGAAAUAGCGAAGAUCAUGCUCCGUCCUUGCCAUCUACAUUGAGUGUAAAUAUGCAGGCUCAAGUAUCCUCUCAAGCUUUACUAGCUACUGCUGUUGUCGAUCUUGUGAAUAAGCAAGGCAAAAGCAUCGACAAUACUUCCACCGUGGUCAAGUAUUCAGCUCAAGUCACUUUGAAAUCGCGUUUCAGCCAGUUUCAAAAGACUUCUGAUUUUUUAAUUGUGCCUCAGAUCAGUCAAACAAUGCCUUCAAUUACUAUUGAUUACAGAUCGCUUGAAAUACCAAAAAAUAUUAAACUGGCUGACCCGGAAUUCUUUAAGCCCUCAAAGAUUGACGCUCUUAUUGGGGUCAAGCUAUUUUAUAAAUUGCUUAGCGUAGGUCAGAUAGCACUUAAAAAUAAUCCUGAAGCAGUACUUCAAAAAACUCAGUUAGGAUGGAUUGUUGCUGGUGAAUUUAAUCAAUCGUCUCAUUCAUCCAGCGUAUCCUGUCACAUAUCAUUAAAGUUGGAUCCUCCGGAUGCCGAUCUUACCCGAUUUUGGGAAAUCGAAGAGCUCCAGGAUGCUAAACUCUUAUCUUCAGAGGAGAAAGCUUGCGAAGAGCAUUAUGCUCAACACACUAAAAGAAAUCUCGACGGCAGGUAUGAGGUUCAAUUACCGUUCAACAAUAAAAAACAUGCUUUAGGCGAUUCAUACUCCUCUGCCUUGAAGCGCUUUCACAUAUUAGAGCGCAAGUUCCAAAAAUAUCCUCGCGUAAAAAAAGACUAUGUUGAGUUUUUAAAUGAAUAUAAGCAAUUAGGGCAUAUGUCACUUUCAACUAAGCAGGACGAUAGAUUCGGUGGUUUCUUUUUGCCUCAUCAUGCGGUGAUUAAGGAGGUUAGUAUCACAACUAAAAUUCGUGUUGUCUUUGAUGGCUCUGCCAGGACUUCUACUGGUGUCUCUUUAAAUGACGUGUUGAUGGUCGGUCCGAAGUUACAGGAUGACCUCUUUAUUAUUCUAAAUCGUUUUAGAUCGCACAUGUAUGUUUUCACCGCAGACAUAGAAAAAAUGUCCCGCCAGGUUCUUGUACAUUCUGAAGAUGCGCAACAUCAAAAUAUUUUAUUUCGAGAAAACCCCACGGAUCCUGUAUUGAUUUAUCUUUUGAACACCGUGACUUAUGGCACAGCCAGUGCCUCAUAUUUGGCUAUUAAGUCUCUGUAUCAAUUAGCAGACGAUGAAGGAGCCAACUUUCCCAACGCCGCUACAGUUUUGCGUAGGGAUUUUUACGUUGACGACAUGCUUACUGGCGCAAGGACAAUUCCCGAAGCAGUUAUUUUGCGCGAUGAACUCAUCGCUCUGUUAAAGAAAGGUGGAUUUUGCUUAAAAAAAUGGGCAUCAAACCACCCUGAAAUGCUAGUGGAGCAUCAAGAGCAUCCUGAAAGCACCCACAUGUCACUGGAUCCUGAUGCUUCCAUUAAAACGCUAGGAAUUCGCUGGAAUGCCCGCGAAGACCAUUUUUUCUAUGAGAUAAACAUAAAAGCUGAAAAAUCAUUCACCAAACGAUCCAUUCUCUCUCAAAUUGCUAAGCUGUUUGAUCCAUUGGGACUGUUAGGUCCAAUCAUAGUGUACGCUAAGAUUAUCCUCCAAUGCCUUUGGAAGGCUGGUGUAUCAUGGGAUGAGUCAAUUCCGCUUGAGAUUCAUUCCUCAUGGUCUUCAUAUCAGAAUGAAUUAGGUGUGAUCAAACAGUUGCGUUUCCAUCGCUGGGUCACAAUUACCAACCCUGUCAACGUUCAGCUGCAUGGCUUCUGCGAUGCCACUCAUCGGUUAAAAACCUUUGUAUCCAAUCGUAUUGCUGAAAUUCGAAAUCUCACGCAGUCCUGUCAUUGGCGUCAUGUGGCUUCUGGUGACAAUCCCGCUGAUUUGAUAUCACGCGGACAGCUUCCAUCAGCUUUUGUAGAAGGCCUUAUUUGGCAACGGGGACCUUCUUGGUUGGAAAAAGAAGACACCUCAUGGCCUCAGGGAGUUCUUGCUCCUAUUGAAAUUCCCGAAUUAAAACCAAUUGUCCCUGAAGUUCGAUGCCUGAAAAUUCAACUAGGAAAUUUUAAUCUCAUUGACAAGUACAGCUCAAUGCGUAAGUUGCAGAGAGUCAUUGCUUACCUCUGGCGAUUUAUGCAUAACGCCAAAGGCAAGACUCAACGAAAAGAGGAUAGCUUACAAGCUGACGAACUAUCGCAUGCUCUUCACACUAUCAUUAAAAUGACCCAACUGUCCUCCUUUGCAAAGAAAAUUAAAAUGCUCGAAUACGAACAACCGCUUCCAGAGACUAGUAAAUUAAUUCCGCUAAAUCCUUUUCUUGACAAUCACGGCAUUUUACGCGUAGGAGGCCGGAUUGCUCAUGCUUCCAUGCCUGAAGAGCAGCGUCAUCCCAUUUUAUUGCCUACUCCACAUCACGUCACAACCUUGAUCCUUCGCGAAGAACAUCAAAGGCUUAUGCAUGCAGGAGUGCAAGCAACCCUCUAUUCAGUUCGCCAGUCCUACUGGCCGUUAAAUGCACGAAACACCAUGCGAAAAAUAAUUCAACAAUGCGUCCGUUGUUUUCGCGCCAAACCUCGCUUAGCCAACCAUCGCAUGGGUAUGCUCCCUGAAUACCGCAUGACUUCCUCCCGGCCUUUUUUACGCAUUGGAGUUGAUUUUUGCGGUCCUUUAUACAUUAAAGAAAAGCGUCAUCGCAAUCGAGGUCGAAUAAAAGUCUACGUAGCGAUAUAUGUUUGCAUGUGCACCAAAGCAGUGCAUUCAGAAUUAGUAUGUGAUCUAACCACCGAGGCUUUUAUUGCCAGUCUCAGCCGUUUUUUUUCAAGAAGGGGUAAAUCCGCGGAGAUCUACUCUGAUAAUGCCACCAAUUUUGUUGGAGCUAAAAAUGAGCUAAAUGAAUUAUAUGAACUGUUUAAGUCAGAUGAACAUCAACGUUCUCUUACUGCCUUCUUUGGGGAAAAAAUCUCUUGGCAUUCUAUUCCUCCCCGUUCUCCGCAUUUUGGAGGUCUCUGGGAGGCAGCUGUAAAAUCUUUUCAAAAUCGUUUGAUGCGCACUGUGGGUGACACCUUAUUGACGUAUGACCAAUUAGAGACUUAUGUUGUCGAAAUAGAAUGA